AUGGUCAACCUGCCACUCGCAAGCUACCACCUGGGUGCUUCUGUUGAGGUUGCUUUCCGCUACGACUCUCGCCCCCAAGAUGCCGUCGCCAACCAACCCGUGCUGCUCUUGUCGCUACACCGCGAGUCAACCGCUGUCGACGUUGCGCAUAAAAUUGCCGCCUUCUACGACAAUGAUGAUGUCUUCUCAGAGGACUUUCUGACUGAUACCGUCAUUGUCCAAGUCGACCAGCCAGAGGAGGCGCCAGCCAUCCAAUGGGCUGACGUGCAUCGCCUGGUUGGACGCGGAGGCUCAUGGCAUCCUGUGCAUAUACUACAAGUUGAAGAUACACAGCUACCACAGGGUCCUUAUUUCCUCUCCCCAGGUAACCUGCUUUUCCAGGCGUGGCGCCUCUACCCGGAUACGCAGGAUGCGUUUGUGAGCACCUUUGUGCCAGCUGGAGAUGAUGCCUUACAGUAUGUCUGUCCGUUUUUCAAGCCGUUAAACAUCACUGCUGCUGACAACCUGUGGCGCGCGGUUGCAGUCCCAAGCCGACUGUAUGCAAUCGCCACGAGUGAAAAGCCGCUUGCUGGGAAGCGCAUCAGCGUCAAGGACAACUUCAAGGUGGCCGGUAUCAAAACAACGCAAGGCAAUCGCGCCUUUUCCGAGCUGUAUGGCCCUGAAUCUGAAACGGCCACCUAUAUACAGACCCUGAUUAGCCUUGGAGCCAUCAUUGUUGGCAAGACAAAACUAUGCGCGUUUGCCUCGUCUGAAGAAGCAACCGAUCAGUGGAUCGAUUAUCACGCGCCGUUUAAUCCGCGAGCCGAUGGCUAUCAGACCCCCUCAGGCAGCACGACGGGCGGCGCAACCAGUCUUGCUAGCUACGAAUGGCUCGACUUCUCCCUCGGAACUGACACUACCGGAAGUACACGUUGGCCUGCCGCAUGGAACGGAUUGUUCGGUAUUCGAAUCACCUCAGGAGCCGACACUCUUGAUGGAGUCUAUCCUAGCUGCAGGUCCAUGGACACGAUCGGACUGCUCUCGCGAGAUAUUCAUCAGCUCUCUAGCUUGGUGAAGCACUCAUUUCCAGCACUCGCCGAUGGUCACAAGCACCCAACACGAAUACUUUACUCCACCGACUUCUUCCCGCAUUUAAACCCUGCUCAGCAAGAGAUGGUAGAAAAAUUCACCUUUGUCCUUGAAGAUUUUCUUGGCAUAAAACGGACACUAUUGAACAUCGAGGAAAGAUGGAACGCCUGUCCUCCAGUCGAAGCGGGAGGUCAGAGCAUUCGUGACUAUAUCAGUAAAACCGCUUACUACCCCUUUUACUACGAUGGUUUCCAAGAAUACUCGGAGUUCCGCCAGGAGUAUGAGCAGAAAUUUGGUAAACCGGCGUACGUCGGUCCAUAUAUGCGAUGGAAGUGGGAUCGCGGUGCCGAAGUAAGUCUCGAGCAAAAAGAGCAGGCGCUCAAAGAGAUGGAAGUAUACCGUCGCUGGUUCCGCGAAAACAUCAUGGCAUCUGGGACAGACGGCUACUCCGACGCUGUCCUUAUUUUACCAUGCGGGAGUGGAGAGCCAAAGUACCGGGACCUGCCGAAUUCCGCGCCUGCGGUCGUUCCCUCGUUCAGCCCCAAUUAUAUCGCCUCUAUGCUUGGGCUGCCGCAAAUUGUCAUUCCGAUUGGCCAGCUAAAGUUUGAAUCUCGCAUUAGCAAAAGAUCCGAGUACCUUCCUGUUGUUGCCUCGAUGGCUGGAGCUCCUGGAUGCGACAAAAUGCUCCUCUCACUGGCAAGAGACGUGUUGGAUGCGUCGAAUAGACCAACCGCUGUUCAGACAGGGAGAUUCACGUUCAAGUUGUAG